AUGUUAAAGUGUACAUUUGCUCAAGAGUGGCCAGCUGUGAGAGCGUUUCUGGAGUCUUGUCCAAAGCCUGCUUGUCUCGUGGCCCACAACGGUUUAUCGUUCGACUAUCGUGUAUUAUAUGGUGAACUGGCACGUUGCGGUUUUAUUGAUAAGGAUAUGGGAAUCCCAGAAGGAGUUGUCUUCGUUGAUUCAUAUCUGGCUAUUCGAGAAAUCGAGGAAAGGCAUCGAAAUGAGCUGCUGCAUGCGACGAGAAUGGUUGACUGGAAAAUGCUUUCUGAGCAAGAGUGUUUGAGUCGAGUUCCAGCCUGUGAGGAUAUUCCGUCAGCAAUUGAGGAGGACGCUAAUCGGAUUGCGCACGUAGAUCUAAAAAGUAUGGAGACACAUUUGGCACAACAACAGUGUCCCGUUGAUCCCUUGACUCCCACUCGUCCGCCGCCACUGCGAGGAACUCAUAGUGAACCACCGAAGCUCUCCGCUCGUCGUCGUCUUUUUGAGAGCGAAGUGUCUGGAAUCGAUCAUCCCCUUCUAUUUUUGAAUACCGAUGAAUGGUCUCCAGCGAAGCGUCGUCGUAUUCGCCCUGAAUAUUUCAGGCGUAUAGAUGUCGGUCGUUGGGAGUUCAAUAGCACUGUGGCUCAAAUGAACACUAAGAACAAACUAACCACGAUUUAUGAGACGGUGUUGAAGAAACACUUCACGGCACAUUACGCUCAGGAUGACACUGAAGCUCUGAUGCAGGUAUGUCUUGCGUAUGGGAAGGAGUUCCUGGACUAUGCUGACAAUAAAGCUGCAGAUUUCCCAUUUUGA